GUCAGGCUGUGACGGAAGAGCGGAACGCGGAACGGAGGUGAGGUAGCCGGGGAAGGGAGAAGCAGGUUGCCUUCCGGCGGCCGUGCUGACAGGGCAGGGACCGCGCGGUCCCGGGCUGGGCCUGCUGGGAGGUCCAGGGGGCUGAAGGUGAUCCGGAACUGGCUGAGAAACGCCGCAAAGGUUCGUAACGCGGCGAACAAGGCGGUGUCACUUUGCGGAGAGCUACCGAGGAUCGGCCCUUGGCGGUACUCGUCUGAGCUCGGCUUGAGGACUCGUCACGGGCGGCGUGAAAACACUGCGCCCUUCGCGCUGCCCCGGUCAGCAAAGCGCGCCGGCACCAUCCGACAUGAGGGAGCGGAGGUACUUUGCCCUUAAAUCCUUCGUUCUUCAAGACUAGAAAAGCUAUUUGCACUUUGCACACCAGUAAUCGAUGCUCUGGAGCUUACCUGAGAGGAGCAGCUUUAGAGACGGGAGCCAGAAUGUUGAAAAUUAUGGGGAGAUUUUCAGCGAGUGCAUUGAAGCCAUCAAGUUUGUGCAAUAAGUUCAUGCAUUUCAGAAAUAUGAAAAUGAGAAUCAUGAGUGUGACACAGCUAAACUGCAGUCUGAGAAACUACAGUUCUCCACCAGGAGAUGUUAAGUCUCUGCAUUCUGUCAUUAAUCCUCAUAUAUCCAGAAUCCGAAACAUUGGCAUUAUGGCCCACAUUGAUGCAGGCAAAACUACGACAACAGAGAGAAUGCUAUAUUAUUCUGGAUAUAUAAGAACACUUGGAGAUGUUGAUGAUGGAGACACGGUGACAGAUUUUAUGGCACAAGAGCGAGAACGUGGUAUUACCAUUCAGUCUGCUGCUGUUACAUUUGACUGGAAGGACUACAGAAUCAAUCUGAUUGACACCCCAGGCCAUGUGGACUUUACUGUGGAAGUUGAGCGUUGUUUGAGAGUACUGGAUGGAGCAGUAGCAGUGUUUGAUGCUUCAGCUGGUGUUGAGGCACAAACUCUGACAGUGUGGAGGCAAGCGGACAAAUACCAGAUACCACGGAUUUGCUUUUUAAACAAGAUGGACAAAAACAGGGCAAGUUUUACAUAUGCUGUUGAGAGCAUAAAACAAAAGUUGAAGACAAAGCCUUUACUAUUACAGUUGCCCAUUGGGGAAGCCAAGACCUUCAGAGGACUGGUUGAUGUUGUGACUAAGGAGCAAAUAACGUGGAAACCUACUUCUGAUUUGGAUGAUGGAAAAAAUUUUGAGCGAAAGCUGCUGCUGGAGACUGACGAUCCAAACCUGUUUCAAGAAGUCCAGGAUGCAAGAAAUACCUUAAUAGAACAAUUGCAGUCUGCUAUCCGCAGAAUCACGCUAGCUCAGAAGGCUGUCCCUGUCCUCUGUGGCAGUGCACUGAAGAACAAAGGGGUGCAGCCAUUACUGGAUGCUAUUACCCUGUACUUGCCUGCACCUAAUGAGCGUUCACAUGAGUUCCUACAGUGGUACAAGGAUGACCUGUGUGCCCUGGCAUUCAAAGUUCUUCAUGAUAAAUGUCGUGGACCACUAGUUUUUGUUCGUGUUUACUCAGGCUCAUUGAAACCUCAGUCAGCUGUAUAUAAUAUUAACAAAAGUUGCACAGAGAGAAUGAGCCGGCUGCUCCUGCCUUUUGCUGAUCAGCAAAUUGAAAUACCGUCACUAAUGCCUGGCAACAUUGCCUUGACUGUUGGGUUAAAACAGAGUGCCACUGGAGAUACCAUAGUGUCAUCAAAGGCUUCGGCUGUCGCUGCAGCACGCCGAGCUGGAAGGGAUGCUGGGGAAAAGAAGAGGUCUGUGAGUGGUGUAGACAGUCUUCUGCUGGCAGGUGUUGAGAUCCCUGAGCCUGUCUUCUUCUGUACCAUUGAACCUCCUUCAAUGGCCAGACAGCAAGACUUGGAUAAUGCAUUGAGUUGCCUUCAGCGUGAAGAUCCAAGUUUAAAAGUGAAGCCAGAUCCUGACACAGGACAAACUAUCCUCUGUGGCAUGGGAGAACUACACAUAGAAAUCAUUCAUGACCGAAUCAAACGUGAAUAUGGAAUUGAGACUUAUUUGGGACCUCUUCAAAUAGCAUACCGAGAAACCAUCUUAAAUGCAGCCCAAGCUAUAGAUAUAUUGGACAAAACAGUAGGUGAUAAACGACACUGUGUAACUGCAGAGGUAGAGGUGAGGCCCAGGUCAGGAGAAGGAGCAACAACAAAACCCAUCAUCAGCUAUGCUGAGAAUGUCAGUGAAGUACUGCCGAAAGAACUCCAAGGAGCUGUAGAAAAUGGAAUCACAAAUUCAUGCAUUCAAGGACCUCUGUUGGGAUUCCCAGUUCAAGAUAUAGAUGUGACUGUGCAAUCAUUGACAGUGCACCCGGACACCUCGCACACAAUGGUAUCAGCCUGUGUCUCCCGUUGCAUGCAAAAGGCUUUGAAAAAAGCUGGUAUACAAAUACUGGAGCCCCUGAUGAACCUAGAAAUCACAGUAAGUGAAGAUCAUCUCAGUGCAGCACUUGCUGAUCUUGCACAGAGGAGAGGUAAUAUUCAGGAAAUCCAGUCCCGUCAAGAUAACAGAGUUGUGGUCGCUGCUGUUCCACUAGCAGAAAUGAUGGGCUACUCAACAGUUUUGCGUUCUCUAACAUCAGGCUCAGCAACCUUCACAUUGGAGCUUGCCAGUUAUAAAGCUCUAAGCAGUCAAGAGCAAAGUGCACUUCUUCAGAGGAGGAUGGGAACUCUCUAGGGACAAUGUUUUCUAUCCUCCUGUUAAAUAUUUUCGUAUGUACGCCAGUGUGUUCAUCUGGCACCAACUGGUGAUGGCAAAUAAUGAGUUAGCAGCUGUACGAACAGACUGCUUUUAACUGUCCAGGGAAGAAGCUUCAAGAGACUCAGCUCUGCUGGCAUAACCUUGUGAUUGCAAAGCAGGGAUGCAACCACAAGUUGUCGCGUUGCAAAUUCUUAUCUUGCGGGCAUCUGAAAUGAGAAGUGAUGCAAAUCGUUUUCAUAGAAAUGAGCAUUAAGUCCAUCUUAAUGUGUCACUGGGACUGUUCUCCUAAUCUAGUAAAUAAAAUUUGUGAAAUUUCUAUCUAUCACUGAAAUAA